UGCAGCCAGAUCAACAGCACGGCGCCCUGAGGAGCUAACGGGACCGCAGCCUGCCUCCACCCCGGACACACGCCGCUCUCUGCUCCACCCCGGACACACACAGGUGAUGGAGCAGAGGAUGGAGGGUGGCGUGGGGAAUAAGAGGAGGAGGAAGGAUGCAAGCUGAGCCCCCCCAACACCCCCCUUCCUGCUGGUCUUCAUGGAGCAGUGAGUUGAGCAGUCAUGGACGGAGCGUCGCAGAGAAGCAAGACGAGUGGCUACUUCAGUCAGAUGAACGCCAGGUGGGGGUCCAGGCUGCCCCCCGGGGUCUCUCAGCCUCCACGCUUUGCCCAGCGGCCCUGGGAGAGACCACCGCUGGCCCCGGAGCCGCAGGGGGGGGCCGCCGGGAGCCACGCCCCCCACAUCAGAAACCCCCAGCUGAGGCAGUACUACCUGCAAGGGACGUCUUGGGACCUCAGCAGGACGCUGCUGACAGACGUGUCUUCGGGUGGCGGCCCCGGCAGCCCGCUGCUCGUCCACACAGAGGAAAGCGCUGCAGCAGACCCGGAGCUGGAUCUGGACUCGAAGGUGGAGCAGCAGGUGGAGCAGCAGGCGGAGCAGCAGGCGGAGGCGGAUCAGGCGUCUUCACCAGAGGCAGAAUAUGACAAACUGCUGGACGUGGAGGCGGUGCCCAUGCCUGAUGGACAGCUGUGCUUAUUGGCCCUCCCACCCGAGUGCUGCCAGGGGGAGGGGCCAGAGGCCACACCCUACCUGAAGCUGUUCUGCAGCUACAUCACCGACCGCAAGGGUGUCAUUUCAGGGAUCCUGCUGGUGACCUCUAAUAAGCUCUUCUUUGACCCGUGUAAGACUCAUCCUCUGGUGAGGGAGCACGGCUGUGAGGACUACCUGCUGUCCUGCUCUGUGGACAGUCUGCAGUCCGUCUGCUUCUUCUCGGACAUCUCUCAUGUCCACUUCAACCCCUGCCAGCAGAGGAGAAGACACAGGAACCUUUUCCAGAGGUUGAAAUCUCCCAGAAGCAGCAGCAGUACAAUCCCAGCUGGGCGGAGCCUGAAGCAGGAGGAGGCGGAGCUGGAGCGGGAGGUGGAGGUGGAGCUGGAGCGCAGUCCUCUGGCCUUCUGCUGUGGAGGUCCAGACGCUGGCGGUGCAGUGCAGGCGGAGCUGCAGCAGGCCGGCCAGCCAGGGGGCCCAGCUCCUCCGAGGCCGGCGGCGGGUGGACCGGCGGCGGGCGGACCGGCGGCGGGCGGACCGGCGGCGGGCGGACCGGCGGCGCUCAGGUUUGUGCGUCUGCGGGUUCGGCCCGGCUCGGGAAGGGGGCGGCCCGGAGCAGGUCUUCACUUGGGCCCGGACCAGCACUGCUCCAGGAGGGACGCCUGGCUGGCGCUGUCCCAGGAGAGCGCCGAGCGGCUGCAGGCCCACCUCCAGCUCUGCCGGCCCCACCUGGACACCCUGCAGGGGGACGCCGACCCCGACCACGAGGACUUCGUCCUGCUGGAGGACAGGGAGGCGGAGGACGCGUCCCAGAAGCCCGGCGGCUCGGGAGACGACUGGGAGAUGGUGUCCAUGGAGGACAGCGGGGACAGACCGGCGCAGGGCCCCGAGCCAGACCCUGAGGGACUCCAGCAGGUCCUGGAGACCAGCCACAUCCUCCAGGCUGAACACGUCCGAGAGCUGUCCCGGGAGCUCCCUGCGUGGACGGAGGGCCGGGCGUGGACGCUGUCCUACAGCACGUCCCGGCACGGCGCCAGCCUGCAGUCCCUGUACCGGAGGCUCCGGGCCGCCGACUCCCCGGUGCUGCUGGUCAUCAGAGACGCCCUGGAUGAGGUCUUCGGAGCCUUCCUGUCUCACCCUCUGAGGCCCAGCGAGGAGUUCUACGGCACCGGAGAGACCUUCCUCUUCAUGCUGCACCCUCGCUUCAAGUGCUUCAGGUGGACCGGAGACAACUGCUUCUUCAUCAAAGGCUACCGGGACGCCUUCGCCAUCGGGGGGGGCAGUGGACACUUCGGCCUGUGGCUGGACGAGGACCUGUACCUGGGCCACAGCAGUCCCUGCUACACCUUCAACAACUGCUGCCUGUCGGAGACCAGCGACUUCCGGGUGACGGAGCUGGAGGUGUGGACGUUCAGCUGAGGGGAGCGCCACCUCUCCUCCUCUCCUCCUCCUCUCCUCCUCCUCUCCUCCUCCUCUCCUCCUCUCCUCCUCCUCUCCUCCUCCUCUCCUCCUCCUCUCC